CCGUUUUCUAACCGAACCGAGACCGAUCGGUUUGAUCGAAACUGAAUCGGGGACUCAUAAAUUUGGAUUGGUUCGGUUCAUCAUACAGAGAGUCCUAGAAAUAGAAUGGUGGAAGGAAAAAUCGGAAAGCGGAAGAAGAAGAAGAGGGAAGACGGGCAUGUGUCGAGAGAGAGUCCGGCUGUUUAGGAUCUCAAUCUGCAUAGCUUGAGCCUAAAUUACUGAUUGAGCCAUGCGGGGGAGCUUCGCCGUUACAAAAAUCUGAGAAGAAGGUUGAAUGAUUUGCUGCGGAUUGAUGUGGAAAUCCGGAGGAGAAGACUUGCAAGGUUUCUACCCAGUUCGACCAGAAUGUCAAGCAGAUGUUCCAAGGACCCGAUUCAAAUCAAGGGCUGGAAAAACUCUAAGUGCGAGAAGAUGGCACGCGGCGUUCACUGAAGAUGGGCACUUGGAUAUGGAAAAAGUGCUCAGACGUAUACAGCGUGGAGGGAUUCAUCCCUCCAUCAAAGGCGCUGUUUGGGAGUUUCUGUUAGGGUGUUACGAUCCAGAUAGCACUUUUGAGGAAAGGAACAAGCUCAGGAAUCGGAGAAGGGAGCAGUACGGUGCAUGGAAAGAAGAAUGCAAGCAAAUGGUUCCUGUCGUUGGUAGCGGAAAGUACGUCACGAUGGCAGUGGUUUUAGAAAAUGGGAAACCAAUAGAUGACUCUUCUGUAGAAAAUCAAGGAUGGGUCGUUAAAAACACCGUCACGGACGAGAGAGUGCUCCAAUGGAUGCUCUCAUUGCAUCAGAUCGGCCUCGACGUUGCUAGAACAGAUCGGUAUCUAUCCUUUUAUGAGAAUGGCGGUAAUCAGUCAAAACUAUGGGAUGUUCUUGCCAUAUAUACGUGGUUGAAUCUUGAUAUCGGUUAUGUUCAGGGAAUGAAUGAUAUAUGUUCCCCAAUGAUAAUCCUCUUUGACGAUGAAGCCGAUGCUUUCUGGUGCUUCGAGCGUGCAAUGCGAAGACUGAGAGAAAAUUUCAGGGCAACAGCAACAUCAAUGGGUGUCCAGACUCAGCUGGGUGUGCUCUCACAGGUCAUUAAAACCGUUGAUCCUAGGCUCCAUCAACAUCUAGAGGAUCUCGAUGGUGGGGAGUAUCUGUUUGCUAUUCGGAUGUUGAUGGUACUUUUCAGGAGAGAGUUCUCAUUCCUCGACUCAUUGUACCUUUGGGAGAUGAUGUGGGCUAUGGAGUAUAAUCCAAACAUGUUUGCAACAUACGAGGAGCUAGAGAACCGAAACAACGCAGCAGAGGAUCCCAAGUUGCUAAAACGGUAUGGAAAGUUCGAGAGGAAGUACGUGAAAAGCAACAGCGGACAGAACGAGCAACAUCGCAACACGCUCGCUGUUUUCGUGGUCGCGAGCGUUCUUCAGACAAAGAACAAACGUCUCUUGAAGGAAGCCAAGGGUCUAGACGACGUUGUUCAGAUACUAGGAGACAUCGCAGGUAAUCUUGACGCGAAAAAAGCGUGUAAAGAAGCUUUGAAGAUCCAUGAAAAAUUCCUGAAAAAGGCUAAUAGGCAAUGAAGAUUUGCUUCCACACUUUAUAUACUGAGAAAUAUUAAUACAGUUGAUUUUUUACAUCGGAAAGUUGUUCAUCGUCGGCUUCUCUUGAAAGAUUAUGGAAGGAGAUUGAUGAAUGAGUCUUUUCUUUAUAUAUUUGUUUAUCUUGUUACUUUUUAUGUAUUUGUAAGAGUGAAACUUGGUGAUACUUUUCCUUUGCACUACAUUCGAGUGACCAAACUCUCGCAUAAAUUUAUUAAAUUAAUGAAACAGACUCUUGGCA